GCUCCUCAAUGGGCGUUCUGCAACCCAAUUGACCGUCUCACUGACAUCAGGGUGGCUGUUACUGGAUGCAUGCGUCAUGGAUGAUCAUGUCGUGAACCAACGACAUUGCUACAUCAGCGAAGGUCCACCCAGAUACGGAGAUGCUCUGCGAGAUUUAAACCGACCUCCUCCUCCUUUUAGAUAUGCAAUCUUCCAAGUUCAUUAGAUCAACUCUCAGCUUGCGAAUUACGCCUAGAUAUACACCACAAUUACGAACAUUUGCAACUCGUUUGUCUAUCCGACCAUACUCUACUGACAACACCGAUCGAUUGAAGGGCCCAGUCGCAAACAAAUCUUCGAUACCCGGUAUGGAGGCCAUUAAGAACACCAUCGUCGAGAAUCUCGGCAAAAUGGUUCCUGGCAACGAGCUCGCCUCACCAGAGAAUCAGUUCUCGCUCGACGCUGUACCAGACUUGACCGGCAAGGUCGCCGUCGUCACAGGAGGCUCAGAGGGCAUCGGUUAUGGUUGCACGCACACACUACUUUCAAAGAACAUCCAGAAGCUCUUCAUCCUAUCCCAGUCCGAUGACAUCGCUUCAGAAGCCAUCAAUGCGAUCAAGCAGGAGAUGGGUGAAGAGAAGGGCAAUCGCGUAGUAUGGAUGAAGUGCGAUCUGUCCGACUGGGAAGAGACCGGCCGCACCGCCUUUCAAAUUUCCGAGCAAACAGACAGAAUCGACAUUUUGAUCAACAACGCCGCUCGCGGUAUCAUGACCUACCAGCUCGCGAAGAAUGGCAUCGACCUGCACAUGGCAACCAACCACUUCGGGCACGUAGUCCUCACAUCGCAUCUUCUCCCCGUCCUCAAAGAGACAGCCAAGAAGGACAAGGUCCGCAUCGUCUGCACAUCCUCCAACUUGCACGAGCAGGCGCCGAGCGAUACAGAGUUUGCCUCCAUCGACGAGUUGAACCGCGACCUCGGUCCGCAGCCACAGUACGGCCGCGCCAAGCUUGCCAACCUUCUGUACGCAAAGUAUCUUGCACGCCACUUGACAAGCAAACACCCAAACAUCCUCGCCAACGCCAUCCACCCCGGCAUCGUCGAGACGCGGCAGUCGACGGAGCACAUCCACGAGGCGUUCCCGCUUGCAGGGUACGCUAUGAGCGUGGGCGCGGCGCCGUUCAAGAAGACGCAGUUUGAGGGUGCCGUGAGCACGAUGUACGCUGCCACCACGACGGAGAAGAGUGGGCAGUAUGUUUGCCCGCCCGCAACCAUAGAACAGGGAAGCGACAAGGCCAACGAUGUCGAGUUGGGCGAGAGGCUGAUGGACCUCACGUGGAAGGUUGUCAAGGAGAAGACGAAGAGUCAGAGUGCGGAUAAGGGGUGUCCUUUUAAGGAGUCGUAGAUUAUGGAAGUGAGAAUAGCAUAGCAAAAAGCAAGACAAUCGAAAAUGC